AUGUUACUAUAAUUCUUAUUAUUAAUAACAGAAGUGCAAUCAAUAAGUUUGAAAUUCAAGAUACCUCCUGGACAUUAAUAGUGUAUAAAGGAUAAUGUUGCAUAAAAUACUCUCAUUUAUGGAUAAUAUGAAUCAUCCACAUUAUUAUAUAUUUUUACUUUGAAUGUAAUCAAUUAACAAGAAAUUGAAAAUACAAUAAUUGAGUACUCAAGUCAGGCAGUAUCACAAUUCCAUCAUGUAAUGUAAGAAUCGGGAGAGAUUUCUAUGUGUUUUGAAGUGGAUGAUUAUUCUGACAUUGCAACUUUUCAUCUAUUUUAUGAAAGUGGUGCUGAAAUCUAUGAUCAAGAUUAAUUACCUAAAAAGCAACAUGUUUAAAAUAUUAAUGAGACAUUGGAAUAGAUGGAAUAAUUGUAAUAAGAAAUUUCUAGAGAAUAAUUAUUAAUUGUAGAUAGAGAACACAUAAGAAAAAUAUCUUUUGUAGAUUUUUAAUAACAAAUUGUUGAAUUUACAGCCAUAACCUUAAGUAUACUCAUUAUUGUAGCUGUUUUAUAAGCCAUUUAUAUCAGAAGAUAUGCAAAAUAUAAAAAGUUAUCUUGA